GGGUGUGUGUCUCUCAGCUGAUGCGCGUAUCAACCGACCGACUCCAUCAUCAGCAUCCGACGCUGACAGCGGUCGAAGGCAGCAUCCCUGAUAUCACCGAGCCUCGGUAACAUCGCCGAAUCACAGAGAUCCGGGCCGAGCAGGACUGACGCCGCUGUCUUGUGACAUUAUUGUUUAUUGAGGCUGCCAUCUUAACACACCGCCAAGCUGCAAAAUAGUGAGUAGCCUUUGAUGAUGGACCGCCAGGAUGCUACAAUCGGUAAAUCAAAGCUGCUGCCGUCAAUGUCAAUGACGCUGCUGUGUGUGUUUGAAUGUAGAUAUAUUUUUGGAUUCAGCCAGGCUCGUGCGCUCGUCUCUCGUCUCAGGGCCUAGCGAGGAGGUAAUUGUUUGGGAGCGCAGUCGAUUCGGGGCUUGAUGCGGAUGCUGCUAAAGCCGCCCUUGCCGCCCAGGGAUGCAGAGAAAAAGGGAGAGAGAGAAGGAGAGAGAGGGGGGGAGUCGUGAGGGGAGGGGAUUGAAGCAGAGCAGCACAUAGAUAGGCAGUGUAUUUUACUACUACUACUAUUCACCCAAGUGGAAGUAAACCUCGAGUAAAUGGGCUGAGGAGGGGAGGUAUUAAAGCAUGACUCCUUCUAUCUAUCUAUCUAUCUAUCUAUCUAUCUAUCUAUCUAUCUAUCUAUCUAUCUAUCUAUCUUUCUAUCUAUCUAUCUAUCUAUUAACAUGGGGAAUAUGCUAUUGCAUGAUUCUGGUGAUUUGAAUGCUCAGGCACUUUAUAGCCAUAGAAACAGUAUGUGUAGUUUUCAUUUGUGUGUGCAUCCACUGAACUGCCAGUUUAUUGUGUACACAUUUUCUUUACAAAAAAAAAACCCUAAUUCAAUAAUUUAAUGCACCAUCCCUGCAAUACAUCCUACCUACAUGAAGGUUAUGGUUAUCUUGUAGGCAGCAGUUUGUAGGAGACGUUGAAUUGUAUUGCAUAACAGUGAGAGGUGUUUAAUGCAGUAUUUUUGGACAUUUUUUUUUGUUGCUUUACUAUACAGGAGGCGGUUCAUGGGAUGACAGCAUUGUUAUGUACAUCCUUAAACCUUAGAUCACCUGGAUGCUUACUGAGAGUUGUUUCAAUAAUAAGUCUGCUGAAAAUAGAAUACUAAAAAUGACUCUACCUCUGAAUGUAGACUAAGUUACUAUAUUUUUAAAUACACAUAGUUCAAAAUAAUUCCAGCUCAUACAACAGUCCUGCAAUAAAUUAUUUUUAGUGUUGCAGAGUGGUAGUGUUUCAGCUCGCACUGACAGUUAAACAACUAUUUUUCUCAUUUUGCUCCCCUACACCAGAACUGUCUGUUGACUUCUGGUCAUUUGGUUAAAGUUCCUGUGAAAGUUUACUUUACAUCUUUGAAACAGGCUAAAAAAAACCCAUCAACAAUAUAACCGAGGAUUGAUAUACUGUAAUUUUAAUGCCUAAAACUGGUGUGGGGCGUAAGUGUCAGCUGGACCAAUGUCCAAGACCAGUGUCCAGAUAAAAGGUUCACAAUAAACACUUUAUUUGUCACUCUAAAGUCAGUAGGAUUACUUUUCUUUGCAUGUAAAGGACAUGAUAAGCAAAGACUGCUUUGUCCACAGGGGUUGCCAAAAUUGCUCAGAAAAUGAACCAUGGGACUCCAGUAGAUAUGACCUGUGUAAUUAAUAGUUAUAGUACUAUAGCAGAUACAGGUGCACCUCUUAAAAUACAAAAUCAGUAAUUCAGUUCAAAAAGUUAGACUUAUGUAUUGUAUAGAUCCAUCACACACAGACUGAUAUAUUUCAAGUGUUUAUUUCUUUUCAUUUUGAUGAUUGUAACUUACAGCUCAUGAAACCCCAAAAUCCAGUAUCUCAGAAAAGUACAAUAUUGUGCAGAAGUUGAGUAUUAGAGACUCAUGGUGCUACAUUAAUCAGAUAAUUAACUCAAAACACCUGCAAAGUUGCCCCUGCCCUUUAACUGGUCCAUCAGUCUGGAUCAGUAGGCCACACAAUCAUGAGGAAGACUGUGGACUUGACAGUUGUCCAGAAGACAAUCAUUGACACCCUGCACAAGGAGGGUAAGACACAAAUGGUCAUUGCUGAAGAAGCUAGCUGUUCACAGAAUGCUGUGUCCGAGCACAUUCAUGGAAAGUUGAAUGGAAGGAACAAAUGUGGUAGAAAAAGUUGAACAAGCACCGGAGAUAACCACAGCCUGGAGAGGGUUGUGAAAGGAAGCCCCUAUAAGAAUUUGGAGGAGAUUGACAAGGAAUGGACUGCUGCUGGAGUCAAAGGAGCCACCAUGUACUGACAGAUCCAAGACAUGGACUUCAGCUGUGGCAGUCCUUGUGUCAAGCCAUCUUGAAUCAGAGACCAUGUCAGAGGUCUCUUACCUGGGCUAAGGACAAAAGGAACUGGACUGUGGCUGAGUGGUCCAAAGUCCUGUUUUCCGAUAAAAGUAAAUUUUCUUAUUUCUUUUGGAAAUCAAGGCCCCAGAGUCUGGAGGAAGAAAGGAGAGGGACAGAAUCCAAGUUGCUUAUGGUAAAGUUCACCCAGUUAGUGGUGGUUUAGGUAGUCGUGUCAUCUGGUGGCGAUGGUCCACUGUGUUUUAUCAGGUCCAAGGUCAGUGCAGCUGUCUACCAGGAAGUUUAAGAGCAUGUCAUGCUUCCUUCUGCUGACCAGCUUUGUGAAGAUGCUGAUUUCAUUUGCUAGCAGGACUUUGCACCUGCCCACUCUUCCAAAAGUACCAAUACCUGGUUCAAGGACCAUGAUAUUACUAUGAUUGAUUGGCCAGCAAAGUCACCUGACUGAUGCGAUGCCCUAGACCCAACAAGGGUCAUAGGCCUCUAUCAGAGCAAUCUGGGCUUCCAUAACAUCUCAGCAGUGCCACAGACACAUGCUACACCGUAUUGCACAUGCAAAGGGAGCCCCAACCAAGUAUUGAGAGCUAUACAUGUUCAUACUUUUCAGUAGUUUAACAUUUCUGUGUCGAAAAUCCUUUUUUUUAAUUGGUUUUCAGUAGUAUUCUAAUUUUCUGAGAUACUGAAAUUUGGGGUUUCAUUAGCUGUAAGUUAUAAUCAUCCACAUGAAAAGAAAUAAACACUUGAGAUUUAUCAGUCUGUGUGAUGAAUGUGAUGAGUACUAUUUCCAAAUUUAACCAAGUUAUUAUCAGGUAACCUAUAUACGGGCAAACUUUUGCCUCAAUUUUGGUCUACUCUACCAUGUUAAUAGUCCAGCCAUAAGUACAGCUCAAAACAAUUCAACAUCAAAUACCUCAGCUUCCAAAUGGCCGUAGAAUUGAGACAACACCUCUAAAUUCAAAAUAAUGCAAACAAAGCAGAAUUAAUCAUCAUCAUAAAAGAAGAAUCCGCUGAAAGUUGUGACAGUAUUUUUUUUUUCCAUACAAAACAAAAGAGAGACUUAGCGUGUAGAAGAGGGUGGACACUUGCAAAAAUAUCCACACUCCACAAUGUUAAGCAUACUGAUCCAACAGCACACUGUAGAUGGUUUGUUUGGGUUUUUGAAAAGCGAAAGCUAGUAAGGCAUCUUCGUCUAGUUGUGGAGAAAAAGUAGAUCCCUGAUGCUCCGGUCUGCCUCCAGUAGACUUUAAAUUAUCUUUGAAUCACUUAAAUACACAAUUGACGCUGUUUCAUCAAUCCCAUACUAUAUGACCUUUUUUUACUUUGUGAAAGCUUUCUUUAAACCUGAUUUUGAUUUUCAUAUGUGAUAUCACUCCAUUGGUUGGUGAUACCUGUCAGAGGGAAGUGAGCCCACAGUGAAGUGUAGCUGACCGUAAAUAAGAAGUAAUUCAACAGAUAAAUGUUUGUGCGUUUCUAGGUGAUCACCAAAAACUUCUCUUUCUUUAUUAUAGUGUCUCAUAACAUAGUAACAGCUCGUUUUUUUCUUUUGUUUGUUGUUACAGAAAUUCUAAAUAUAUGUCUUUUUUUAUUCAGACAUGUGAUUUGACACUAACAGUCAUGGGGGCUGUGAUACCCUCAAUAAAUAUACACUGAACUGGCAGUUUAAGCAGCAUCUUCGUGACACAGAAAAUGGAACCUGCUUCAAAAAAAUAAAGGGCUGUUUUUUUGUGCAUUUGGUUAGAUUUGUUUAAAGCUGAUUUUUCUGUAUUUAUGUCUGCAAAAAUGGAAACAACACCCACAUUCAGCCCAGUGAUGCUAUUAGAGUUGCCAAGCUUUGGUAAUGUCUACAGUAAUGUCUUUUUGGUGCUUCGUAUGAUACACAGAGAAUUUGAUAUUUAGCCUCUGUGUAUACAUGGUUGUCCAGACUUAUCUGAUUGACCCUCUUCAUUUUUAUCAUGGUGGGAGGACCCUGCUGCCCCUGUAUGUGGGCUGGAUUCUAUUCUGCUUUAACUUUAUUGUAUAACUAGUUCUUAUGCAAUUACAAUAUUGUAUAACUCCUCUCGUUUUUCUGUGUUCCUCUAGUGUGUAUGCCCCCACUACCUGCAUUAGGUUGUGAUGACCCACACUACUUCCAAAUGUAUCUGUGACCCCCCCCAAUCCUGACUCCUAACCUCUAAUCCCUGACCUUUGACCCCCACUAUGGGCAGUGUUGGCAGUGGGGUGGCAGGAGAGCAGGAGUUUGCCAUGAAGUCUGUGGGCACGAGGACCACCCUGCCCCGGGCCCCUCCUCUCUCUCGCCGUUGCCCUGCCGACCGCAGCUGCAGCGCAGAGCGGCUGCCUCGCCCCCCGGCGACAAUAUCAGACGGGACGGCUUCUAGCGAUGAACGAGGGAGUGUUAGUAUCGGGACUGGGACCUGUACUGGGACUGACCGGCCCACCGAAACAGCCUCCUCCACCAACACUGAAUGUACCAUGACCGCCCCAUCCAACAACAACCAGUUGGAGUGUGGCAACGGCGCAGGCAGGCGGGAGAGGGAGUGGGAGAGGGAGAGGGAAAGGCAGCGCGAGAGGGGAAGAGACAGGGACCGGGACCGAGACUGGGACAGGGAGAGGCUGGAGAGGGAGCGAGAGAGGGAGAGGAAUCGGGAGAGGGAACGAGAACGAGUGGAGAGGGAGAGGUUGGAACGAGAGAGGGAGCGGGAGAGGGAGAGAGCCAGAGAAAGAGAGAGAGAGAGGAUAGAGAGAGAGAAGAUAGAGAGGGAGAGGGAACGAGAGAGGGAACGGGAAAGAGAGAGGGAAAGGGAGAGGCUGGAGAAUGAGAGGAUGGAAAGAGAGAGAGAGAGGGAAAUGCAGGCGGCAGGUUUGGAUGUUUGUGGGAACAUUGUGGGCCGAGGAGGAAACGAGAAGAACAUAGUCGGCAUGAACCAACACCAGCACAGAGAGAUGGCUGCAGCCAGAGCUGACAACGAGAACAAUCCAGGCGGUCACAACCCUCCAAACCACAACCCGCCCAAGAUCAUGCCCGUGUCUGGAAAACUGGAGCAGGUACUUGAAGAGUCUGUUGAAAAGUCUGUUGGCUGAAAGUUUAAGAAUCUUCCUCUGAAUGUUUGUCCUUCUUUCCUUCCCUUCCUAUCUUUCACAAUCCCUUUUGCAGGCCAUGCAGAACAACUCAGGCCUGGUUCGGCCCUCUGCCUUCAAGCCAGUGGUUCCCAAGAGCUUCCACUCGAUGCAGAACCUCGUGGGCCAGGCGGGAGGGGCAGGGAGUGAGGGCAAGGCUGAGGCUAGGAAUGAGGGAUUCAGUGAGAGCAGAGGAGGCAGGAGAGGCAGGGAUGGAGCAGGAGGAGAAGCAGGAGAGGUCCCGGAGGCCCUGCUUCUGGACCAAGACAGCCCAGUGAGGGUCAGCAGAAGUGAGGGAGGGGGAAACGGUAAUGAAGUGGUACAAGGAGGCAUGUCUGACUCAGGGAGGAACUCCCUAACCAGCCUGCCCACCUAUACGGGUUCAGGGUCUGGUUGUGGGCCCCCAGCAGUCCUGGGGCCUCUCAGUGCUUCCACCAGUCACAUCAACAGGUUGGGCAUGGCUGGAGCAGCGGCAGGGCUGGACAAGCUUGAGAAACCUGGAUACCAGGUGAGUCCUCCAUCUGUUCACACUCAGACUGUUGCUUAGUGCACUUUUCUGUCUUCAGCGGUUAAACCAUGACGUGGUUCUUUUCCUCCAGAACGGGCUCAGCGCCUCGGACAGCGGUCGGUCCUCCUCGGGAAAGAGCUCCUCGUCUUAUCAGAGACUGAGCCACCUGAGUGAUGCCCCAGCACCUCUACGUCCCUCCCCUUCUUCUGAUGACAUCAUUCAGGACCUUGAGGACCGCUUGUGGGAGAAAGAGCAAGAGGUCAGAGGUCACUUCGAAGUGUCGAUUAUUACUUUGUGGGCUUUUUGUUGUUAUACCAACAAUUUUCCAGCAUUUUAAGAGCCUGUUCAGUGGCAUAUAACUAUUUGCCUGUUGCUAUGUUAUGUUGAAAUUCAAAUUUUUAUUUUUCUAGUUAUUAAUAUACAUGAUAACAAAACUAAGCAGGAACUCAAGGGCUGUGAAGAUGAUAAAACUUGAUUUCUGGUAUGAAUACACGUUAAAGCCAGCGGUGUUAUAAGAAGACAAGAUCUUUUCACCACUUUUAAAAGGACGCUUUGCAUGCCCUAAACAUUUUAAAUAUUACUUUUUUUAUAUUUGCCUCACAUGCUGACCCUAAGACUCUUUUCUGCUACAGGUGCAGCACAUGCGCAGAAACCUGGACCAGAGUGAGGCGGCCAUCAUUCAGGUGUUUGAGGAGAAGCAGCGCGUCUGGGAGCGACAGAUGGAUGAGCUGAGACAGAACUACGCCUCACGUCUGCAGCAGGUGAUCUCACUGUUCAUUUGAAAAAUCCUGCAUGAACUUGGUGGGAUCUUUAAAGAACUGAUGAUAAAGGCAUACAGUGUUACUCGUGAGAGUCAAGAAAACAACAGCUGGAAAGAACAAAGUCACCAAAAAUGCCAGGCUUGCACUCCAGUUUAAAAGUGAGGAUGUAAUUUAAUGAAUCUGCUGGUAGAGACGUAUCAUGUGUCUGUGAUUUGUCCACCACAAGUAUUUGUUUUUAUAUUUGGUUGUAGUAUUUUGUUCAUUUUGAUAUGGUCCAAGGUCCACAUACUUUUUUGUCACAUCUUUUUGUUUUGUUCAAAGAUGAAUGUUGCCGACCGCUUGCUUCUCUAGUUAUACCAACUUUAGCAACGACUGCAGAUAGCAAUACAGAUAGCCAUGCGCUCAACCAAAAGGCCACUCUAUAGCCACAAAUAAUGCUCAGAACAGCACCUAACUUCAUCAACAGUACAUAUAGGGUCCCAGCCAUAGUACUAGCUACCAAAGAUCUUUUUAACUUUGCCUGAUUUCUUUAGCAAAGAGACUAAACACAGCGGGGUGACGCAGCUCAAGGAAGAACAUUUAUGAUCAUUACUUUAUCAUUACCUUGAAGUAAUAAUCAACAUAUUAAUCAUUUUGCGCUGCAGAUUUGGUAGUUCUUCUACCUUAGCGUCUUGGUCUGAUUGCAUUUCCAUGAGGAAAUGAUCAUAAAUGUUCUUCCUUGAGCUGCGUCACCCCGCUGCAGUCGAUGGACUCGCCUGGAGGUCUCUGUACAAACAAGCAGCUGCUGGAAGAGAGUGGGUGAGUUGUGUUUAGUCUCUUUGCUAAAGAAACAAGGCAAAGCUAAAAAGAUGUUUGAUGGCUAGUCCUAUGGCUGGAAUCCUUUAUGUACUGUUGAUGAAGUUAGGUGCUGUUCUGAGCAUUACUUGUGGCUAUAGAGAGGCUUUUUAGUUGAGCAUGUGGCUCUCUUUAUUAAUAUUUGUGGUCGUUACUAAAGUUGGUACAACUAAAGAAGCAAGCGGUCGUCAACAUUCAUCUCUCCACGGGGUGUCUAACUCGGUGUUAAUUUUACACUGGAAUAUCUCUUUAAUAUUACUACAGAGGUACAAACAAAUCUGAUCCUAAAGACAUUUAUUUGAAAGAUUUGACAGGUUUAGACGACUGUACCUCACACCUGAAAGCACUGUAGUAGAGACAUUCUCUGUGUCCUGCAGGUUACCCGUCGUGCUCAGCGCUCCCAGACUGCCCUGCAGGCCCAGAUAUCCCGUCUGUCCCAGGACAAGAGGAGGCUGCAGGAGGAGAUGGCAGCUCUGCUCGCCCAGAGAGAGGAGCUAGAAAGAAAGUGUUUAGACUACAGGAAGGAGCAGGCUGACAUCUUGCCUCGUCUGGAGGAGACUAAGUGGGAGGUGAGAUAUGAGUAUAUGAGCCGGUGAGCUUGACUAGUUCAGUAAAAUGUUAUCAAGGCUACAUCAUGCUAGGCUAAACAAUGAGUAUAAGGCUGUGUUUAUGAGGAUGCAUAUGAUUGUACACAUCGAAUUUAACACCAGGAACUACAACAGCCUCUCAGUAUUUACUCAAUACUCACUGAUUCUCCAGGUUUGUCAGAAGGCAGGCGAGAUCUCCCUGCUGAAGCAGCAGCUGAGAGAGAGUCAGGCCGAAGUGACCCAGCGAGCCGGUGAGAUGGUGGCUCUGAGGGGUCAGCUGAAGGAACUCAAUGCCCAGCUGAGAGAGCGUGAGGAGGCCAUGCUCGGCCUGAAAGACUCCUACAGCACCAAGAGUCUGGAACUGGAGAAGUGUGAGGGGGAGCUGAGGAGGACCCUUUCAGAGGUACGUUUACACCUUAACACUUAGAACAGAGGAAUAAAAGAGAGGUAGAAAUCAAUAUUUAUAGUCUCUCAAUAUGAUUAAAAUUCUUAACUUUCUUUUCAAACUUUUUUUUCUUUUUUUUUUUUUUUUACAUUUUCUUAAUUUGAUUUGCAACCAUAAAGCAUGGCUUCAUGGUGUCAGUAAAGAGCAAACACUGAACCACCUUUGAGCGUUAUAAAAACCUAGUCAGUAUUAUUUUGGCUGAGCUAUGAUUAGAAACCAGGUAUGUUUUUAGUUUGUUUUUCUACGUAAACACUACUGCUGUAGAUACAGUGUGCAAAAAUGGGAAUAUUAAGCAAUAUCAUGUGAUAUGAUUCUGUACUAAAUCUGCAUUAUUUGUCCAUAUGAUUAUCACCAUGUAUACUUAUGUUUGUUUAUAGAUCCUGUUGUGGUUUUACUUGCUGAUACACAUAGUAUAAAAAGUCAAAUAUAAUUUUUUAAGGUCUGAUGAUACAUUUUCAUUCCUACAGGUGUCUGUUCUCAGAGAGAAGCUCGGUGUGUUUGAGGCAGAGGUGCUCAGUUUGAAGCGGGCUCUCAAUGAAGUGAGCAGAGGAGCAGAAGUUGUUGUGAGCCCAAACUUAGCUGCAGCAGGACUGUUGCCUCCAUGGGGAGCUGUCCACUGUCCUCGAAACCCUUCUGAACCCUCAACCAACUCCCUCACUCCCACAUCUGACACCCUGCUGAGUCUUCAGAGUGAUGAGGCAAAAGCCCAAAGGCAGGAGGCUCAGAGGCAGGAGAGGCAACGCGAAGAAGCUCAGUGGCGGGAUGCACAGCAGCGGCAAGAUGCUCACAUGCAGCAGGACAUGAGGAUGCGUCAGGACGCCCAAAUCAGACCAGAAGCCCAACUGCGCCAGGAGGCCCAUCAUCGUCAGGAAGCUCAUCUCCGCCAUGAAGCCCAAAUACGUCAAGAUGCUCAACUACGCCAAGAAGCACAGCUGCGCCAGGAGGCCCAUCUCCGUCAGGAAGCCCAGCUCUGCCAUGAAGCUCAAAUGCGCCAAGAGGCUCAGCUACGCCACGAGGCACAACUCUGCCAGGAGGCCCAACUGCGUCAAGAGGGCCACCAGCAGCAGAGAGGACAAGAGGGUCACUGGGACGAGGCAGGGGAGCUAAGGAGGCAGCUAGAGCAACUGCAGGCUGCACUGCGCCUAGAGCGGCAGCAGCGAGAGCGCCAGGCCCUCAACUUUGACCAGGAGCGACACACCUGGCAGGACGAGAAGGAACGAGUUUUAAAAUACCAGGCACAGCUGCAGCUUAGCUAUGUGGAGACACUGCAGAAGAACCAGGCUUUGGAAAAACGAAUGAGCCAGCUUGGAGCCAAACCAACCACCACAUCAACCACAACCACUGUAACCACAACAACGACCACCUCCCCUACCUCCUCCAAUUCUCCACCUCCUCCCCCGGCCCUUUCUCCUCUCUCACCUCAGCCCCCACCCUCUCUUUCUGGCCCCAUUGCCCUCACCAUCUCCCCGCCUUGUGAGGACCAGAAAGGUCCUCCUUCUCUCCACCAGCUUGCGCCUCCGUGGGCGGGACCCUCACGCCUUGAGAGGAUAGAGUCCACUGAGAUAUAAACACAAAUUGUCCAGCUUAAUCCACUCACAGUGACAAGGCCUCUCAAAUAAAACCACCACAGCAUACAGGUGAACAUUUCAGACUACAAUAGAAUAAAUCAGACCAGCCUGACAUACUUUUCAAAGCGACUACAGACACUAAACAUCAACAGAGGCCUACCGCAGAAUCCAACAUUAUCAGCAACAAGCAGAUCAUUUUAACAGAAAGUUGAAACACAUUUAAUCUAUCGAUGAUUGUUUAACCUUUUAAGCAGCCUUUCUCUUACUAGUUGCACAUGACUACAUCCUACAUAAUCAGUGUUCAUGAAAAGGGUGCCACACUGAAGGAUGGCAGAAAAACAAAAUGUUAAAUGACAAUGUUUAGAAACAGCACUAAUACAGGGGUCAUUUAUCUCGAUAACUUGAUGCCCACGCUAGAAACGGACCAAGACAAUCAGGGAUAUUGUCAGAAAUUAUCAACAAGAAUAUUAUGCGGUAUUUAUUCACUGUAAGUCUUUGUCACUGGUAAUGUAAAAGUAGAAUUAGUGGUCAAAGUGUGUGACGUUAUCUUGCAUUUUUGGCCGGAGAGCGCCUUACUCCAUCCUUCCCAGCAUGUAUAUGAAAAUAACAAAGGCUGGGGAAUAGAUGAAAAGAAGUAUCAAGAGUGUGAUUAUCAUUUUCAGUGCUUUAAUUAUAUAUCAGCAAACCAGUUACAAAGACUCAUUUCACAUGGCUGGACUAUUUUAAUUUAAAAACCCAGCAGAUAUCAAUGUUAGAGGUCACACAGACUGAUUCUUGAUUUCAAGUCAUUUCAUGCACAGGGUCUCACAUGCAUGACUCAUUUGAACACAUCAUUGCGAGCAACAGAGUUUAUAUUUUGUACAAGUUGAAUUAAAUAGAUAUGUUUAGCAGAUAAUCAACCCCAAAUGAAUAUAGAGUAAGUUUAAAGACGAUGGGUGAACCUGGUUCGCCUUCACCGCAGACCUCCUGCAGUGACUAAAAUCAACCACUAGAGAUCAUUAGAGAGCUGCAAACUCAACUUUUCUCUCACUGAGCUGCAAGGUUGAAAGCACACAAUUUGAAUUUAAUUAUUAUGACAAUUGUGUCAUUCACUUUGUGCAUUUACAGCCAAGAAAUCAGUCGGUAUUUCCAAAGUUUUAAAAAAUUAUAGAAUGUAUGAUAUACUAGAAAGAAAUACUUAUUAUAGUUAUAGAUUGUAAAUGUGUGAGCGUGCGUUUGAGUGUGCGUGAAAGAGAGAGCGAGCAAGUGUGUGCAUGUGUGUAUACGUAUGAAAAGCUUCACCUUAUGAGAUUGAGGAUAGAGGGACUAGUGGCAAUACAGCAAGUGAAGAUAUUUUAAGUGCAAAGGACUUUUCUGUUCAAUUUUGCAGGUUGGGGUGUGCGUUAGAUGUUGAUCAGAGCUUGAGAAUAGGACAGUCAGACUGAAAAGUCAAACUGAAGAAAUCUGUAUAUCCUUAAAAAAAACUCUUUCUUUCUUCUGUAUUGUUCAUUUAGCUAAAGCAGGGGGAGACAAGUUUUAAAAAAUCAAAAAAGUGGAGAGUUUGCUCUUUACAGGAAGCAUUCAGGCUAACUGCACUAUGUAGUGUUACACACGAGUUAUGAUGUAUAGUAGACUCAGAUGUGAAUAUCAUGGCUUUUAUAUGUGUUGUUUAUGCCAGCAUACAAAGAUGUUGCUCAAGAAUAUUAACUUAUCUCUAAGGUAUUAGUAUUAUCAUCUUUAUAACUGUUAUUAUAUUAUGGUGAACUGACAGAGAAAAUAUGUGCCAUUUGAGCUUUCCUUCAUGUGUUUUUUUUAAACUGUGUAGAUAGCCUAUUGGCUAACCAUAAUGGUGCAAUCAUAGCAACCCUGUCCCAAAAAAAUGAUGUUCCUUUUGAUGUAGGUGAUAAAUGUAGUUCAGUAUUGCAUUAUUUAGAGAACAAGAUGCUACAGAUUUUAUACAUGUUUCAAUUUUAUUGUUUGCAUUUAUGUUACUAGUAUUGUUCUGGCUUGAUAAAAAAAACACCCCUUUGUUAACUCAGCAGAAUUAAUAAAGAUAUGUGAAUAAUUCAGAGUUUUCUUGUCUUUGAGUAAAACCUUUCUCCUGUGGUAAAAACUGUACUGGAGAUGAGGGUUUGAUUGUCAGACAUGUGAAACAUUUUGUACUUAAUAAAGGAUUUUUGUGGGACCUUAU